GGACAGGGUACCAGCAGUAAACAUGGCGGAGCAGCUGCUGGAAACAGUGGAGAGACUUCAGACCCGGAUCCAGGACUGUCCGGAGCCUCGAAAGUUACUGAAGACUCUCAAGCGACUGGGAGAGCUGCCCAUGACUGUGGAUAUACUGGUGGAAACUGGAGUGGGAAAAACCGUGAACUCGUUCAGGAAACACGAAGUCGCCGGAGACCUGGCGAAAAGCCUCGUGGCCAAAUGGAAGAAACUGGUUCCCCAGUCUGCAGACAGACUCAACAGUCACCCCAAAGAGUCCUCCCAGUCACACCAGCUGUCUCAUGGCCACAGAGAUCACCGGGAGCCCUCCCCUGAGGAGGAGCACUCCUACAUGGAGGAGGAGGAGGAGAGGGGCUACCACACCAACUACUCCCCUUCGCCUCCUCAUCAGAACCAGUACAGCCCCCCGCAUCGAGGAGGAUACCAGUCAGACGAGUACGGGAGCCCCGAGCAGGAGCCCGAGCCCAGCCCUUCUCCUCCUCCUCCGCGAAAAGAUGUCCUCCACACCAAACCCAGCAAAGAACCCAUCAAGAACCAUCACCAUGGCAACAGAGACCGGGACGAGGAGCGACGGCAACGCAACGCUCAGACGAGCAGCGACCGAGGAGGAGGAGGAGGAGGAGGAGGAGGAGGAGGAGAGGAAAAGAAACGAGAGAGGCCGAAGAGUCCGGAGCAGAAGAAACACAGCAGGAAGUCCACAACACACGACAGGAAACAGGAGAAGAAGAAGACAGGAGGAGACGGGCGACCUCGAGCUCCUAAAGACUCUCCGCUGAAGGAGGAGGAAGACGACUUCAAGACGCCGUCCAUGUCCUUCGAGUCCUUCCUCACCUACGACGCUCCGACACCCGUCAAGAAGAAGAAAAAGCUGUCGCAGCCUUCGUCGUCUCACGGCCGAUCGUCCUCCUCCUCCUCCCGUCAGACCCCGGCGGCUCCGCCCGCCUCCUCCUCCUCUUCGUCCAAGUCCAGCAAGAAGAGCGUGGCUCAGAGCGCCAAGCGGCCUCGCUCGGACUCAGCCGAAGCGAAGCCGGAGAAGCGCAGCAGGAGGGUUGUCGAAGCUCUCCCCACGCUCCCUGACAUCCCGCUGCCCGCCAUUCAGCCCAACUACAGGCCCCUCCCCUCCAUCGAAACGCCGCUGUCCCCUCAGAGGCGUAAAGUUUUCGUGUCCAACGACGAGGAGGACGCCGGGUUCACGGGGAAGAGGUUCAACUCCAAGAUGGUGGUUUAUUCAGGGUCGAAGACGUCUUACCUGCCCAGGAUGAUGAGUCUGUACGAGCAGUGCAUCCGGGUGCUGCAGAACAACAUCGACUCCAUCGCCGAGGUGGGCGGAGUCCCGUUCGAGAUCCUGGAGCCAGUUCUGGAGCGGUGCACCCCGGAGCAGCUGUACCGCAUCGAGCAGAGCAACCAGUGUUUCACGGAGGACUCCGAUGAGCUGUGGAUGCGUCACUGUAAGCGCGACUUCAAGCGGGAGACUCCUCAGGAGUUCGAGUCGUGGCGGGAGCUGUACCUCCGGCUGCACGAGGAACGCGAGGAGCGCCUCCGGAUGCUCACCCAGAACAUCACCUCGGCUCACGCCAACAAACCCAAAGGGCGCCAGGUGAAGAUCGCCUACGUGAACUCCGCGGCCAAACCGCCGCGCGACGUCCGCCGCCGCCAGGAGAAGUUCGGCACCUCGGGCGGUUCGUCUACGGCCGCCUCGACCGCAGACACGGCUCCCAUCAAAGUAAAAGCAUCCACCACUGAUGCCAGCGGUGAGUCGAGCCGCUCCUUUUCCUCCCUGUUAAACUCUCCAGCAGGUCCGGCCCGCUCCUCGGCGCCGAGCGGAGGAGGGGCGGGGCCACACGCCGGCCGAGAGAAGCCACAAGUCAAAAAAAUCGCCCCCAUGAUGGCCAAAACCAUCAAAGCGUUCAAGAACAGAUUCUCCCGCCGGUAGUGAGUUUGAUCGGUUUUAAUUUAAUUUUAGCAGGAUUUUAACCAGAGACCUUCUUCCUUCACUUGGUUCUCAUUCUGACCCGAAUUAACAAAGAACCGAUGGGACGGCGGCUCCGCCUGCACGGUUUGAAGCGUUCCGCUCGAUCAAAGCGUUCCAGGGAGCAGACGGCGCCUGGUUCUGAGCAGCAGGGCUCGUUUCUGUCAUGGCAGGAUUUAUUUUGACCCGCGGCAGCCGAGCACAAACACUGGAAACUGAGGGCAGCUGAGGCCGCCGUCCUUUAAGGAGUCGCAGAGUUGUAGAGUCGGUCGCAGACGUUCAACAAACCGUUACUUUGAUGAAAAUCUGCCCAGCGCUUCACGAGAUAUUUUGCUAACAGGAAAGUCUGGCUCAGGGCUUUUCAGGGGCCAAAUCAGACCCACGGAUGAACUCAGUUCGUUCCACCAGUGGGUUUAUUUUAAAUAAAACUAGAUUUUAA